CAGCAACCGAUAAAUCGUUGGAAGAAUGUCCGAUUUAAUAAAUACAGAAAUAAGCAUUUAAAUGAUACAUAAUGGCACACAAAAGGAAAUUGAGUAAUCUGGAGAAAAAUGUUCACAGCCAGCUUGUGCCAAUCUUUGGCAAUCUUGAUGAAGAUACGAUUACUCUCAGCCUUCUUGACAAAAGCAACAACUAUGAGCCUCUCACCGAAGAUACACUUUUGCAGCGGUGUCUGGAUGACCUGCUGGCUCUCCGCACAUUCACCAAGAGUACAAUGGAGAACAAUAACAAUAAGGAAAAAGAUGCGGCUACAUCAUACACAUGCUCAACUCGUUCACCUGCUACUGAGAUAGGUCUCCUAGACAGUGAUUUCGAUAGUCCUGAUGUGGUGAUAUUAAAUGAGAAAAUCUCGAAGUUGAAGCCAAUUGUCUUAGGGGAUUCACCAGCUACUACCUUGACCUUGUCUUCUGAAGAUUCUUUCUUUUCUGCUGAUCCCCAGUCAGAAGCCUCAACCAGUAAAGCUACAGAAAACGCGAAUGACUUAUCCUUUUCUUUGGAACGUGGCGGCGUUUAUAAAGUCAAAACCAAGUUAAAGUAUUCAUCUCCAUCGGCACAAAUUCAAAGUGAUUUUCCGUUUGCACAACGAUCGCCGAAUGAUAAAUCUGGUAAAAAGGGUGGCAAAACAGUUCCACAAUACUUCGAAAUUAGUGACACUGAAAUGUUAGAGUUGGCCGAUCUGGUUGAAAGUCCAAAACUUGUUGAUACAAGUGUUAGGUCUAGUGUUCAGUCAGAUGAGCGUCAUACUCAGGGCAUCUUUAGUUCAUUUGGGGAAUCUUCGAAUUUAACAGAAUCGACCCCGAAUGUGUCCACACCAACAAAAAGUAGUGCAGAGAAUUUGACCAAAUCAGUCAUCGGGUCCAUUUCCAAAUCAACUGCUGAAGAAUCUGCUAAGUUUUCGUUGACACCGCCAAGAUUGAAUCUCGGAAAGAAAGAUAAUCAGUUCACACUGCCGAAAUCUGUGCAUCGUGUUGCUACUGCUACCGUAACCUCUUCAGAAAUACCAGCUAAGUUCAGCAGUUCAAAGUUGUUUUUUGAUGAACAAGCGUCUUCCAUUGAUAAAAAAUCAAAACUACCUCGAGCAGCCACUGGUUCAGGCCUUUGCCAACCUACUGGGGGUUUCAAAUUUAAGGAGCUUGACCGUAGCAAUGGGCUAAACAUGUUCGAAAGUAAGGAGUCCAGCCCACAGAAAGAUAUACCUGUACCAUAUCCAAGAAGUGAACAGCCAGGGUCCUCUGCUGCUGCAGGAUCCAGGUUAAGCCCACCGGCAAAAUCAGGUUUCUCUUUUGGAAGCUUCAAUUCUCCUAGUAUUUACGCAACGCAAGACUCUUCCAGUAAGAACACAUCAACGUCUGCCACCUCUCCCAGUUCUCCCAUCAAGCCUGGACAUUUCCGUUCUGCCUCUGCUGGGUGGGCUUCCAGUAUUUCAAGUCAGAAUGGAGCACCUAAACUUGAUCGAUCUCAUUCAUUGCUAGAAAGUCCUGAAACAAAGGAGUUUAGUAAAUGGCUAAAAGAACACAAUGAGCGGACAGAACUUUGGUUUGAACAUCUGACCCCACAGAAAGAUAAACCCUUUGGAACACCUGUUACUGGUAGAAAAGGAGAGACGCCGCUUUCUUCUGGUCUUAAAAAUGUUUCCACACCUAUUCCUGGUCAUGAUGGAUUUGCAACACCAAUCGCUGUAGCAACUCCCAUACCUGGUCAUUCGUCUGCCAAUAGCCGUGAACAUUUAUCAGACAAGUCAGCCUCUGAGUUAGACAUGUCUGACAUCGAUGAGUUGCCAGAACUUGGUCAGAGUCACGAUGCAUCACCUCCUUCUUCCAUGAAACAUCGGCAUUUGUCAGGAAAAUCUUGCUCGUCAGUUUCUUAUUCGGACUCUUCAGCUAAUUCAUCUACUGAUCAGAUCAAUUUUUCUGCUGAUAUGACAAGCGAUGAUAUUGAUGAUGACAAUCUUCCAGUGUUGGAUGUUGUAAAGAGAUGCAGAGACAAGUUUAAGGUUCCAGUGAGUGCAGGUUCUCAGCCCCCAAAUCUAGUAAAUCGGACUAAUAAUUCUUCUCGUGGGGCAGCUGGUAACACUGAGUUAUAUUCCAUGACCAUCGUCAAUCGUCAAAAGGAUUAUGAGGCGAUGAGAGACUUGUAUCAUAAAUACAAAAAGUUGAAAAAAUCGAAAAGAAAGUUGCAUAUUGCAGGUGAUGCAAAUUGUGCCAUUCAGUUGUUGAAAGUUGCGAAAAGAAAAUAUGAGAAGUCCCGUGAGAAUUUCUUGCUUAAAUAUGAUGAGAAGGUUGAAUUGGGGAUGAACAAAGCUAAUGCGGCUCUACAUUCAGCGAAAAAACGUGAGUCGUUGGUAACCAAAAUGAAGAAGAAUUCUGAUGUCGGGAAGGCAGUCCAAACUGGUGCCAAGUCAAGUGUUGUCCAACAGGUUUCGGCCAACAUAGCCUCGGCUAAGAUAGCUGGACCUAAAGUGACAACUGCUGCUUACCAGGGUCCAGGAGGAGUCGCCUCAACAGCCGCACAGCAGCCAGGACAAAACACACUUGUGAAUACUAGUCAAUCCAAUCGUGUGGAGAAGGCCAUGAAAUCUGCUGCAGUCGGCAAGAAUAGUGACACUGGGAAAACUGUGAGUGGUAGUGGAAAUCCUCUUGCAUCAGGAAGUGGUUCUAGCAUUAAGAUUGAAGUGGAGUCGAACACUCGGAGUGAUCCAGUUCCCCCAUACAGACCUUUUUCUUUUGGGCGAGAUGCAAGAACUAAUGUCGCUUCAAACACGCAACAGAAUAACACUGUGAUUGGGGGUAUUGCUGGUCCUGGAACCACGGCAAAAACUCAAGAGAAUAACACGGCUUCUGGUGGAAACACUGGGCCUGGAAAUACUGGUUUUCAGUUUGGGGGAAAUGCCAUAAGACCUAGGAUCUCCGGUUUUCAGUUUGGUGGAAAUGCUACAGGGACUAAUGAUCCUCGAGUCGAGGGACCAGGGACAGCUGGUUUUGGGUUUGGAGGGCAGGCAGCACCUGGAGCUGCUGCAAAAGUGCAAGAGAGGAACACCGGUGCAGGCAGAAAUGCAGUGACCAGUGCUGCAUUUGGAAUUGGACAAAGUGUGCCGAAACAAAAUAUCGCUGGUGUUGCAUUUGGUCAAGGUGCAGGCAAUAACACCGCCACAGGUUUUACGAUUGGAGGUGCACCGAAACCAAAUAACACUGGUUUUGCAUUUGGACAAGGCACAGGUAAUGACGCUGCUAUGAACGCAGCCUACGCUUAUGGUGUAGCUAUGAAUGCAACGUUUGGAUCUGGCAGAACAGAAACUUUUGCCAUGAAUGCUGCAUUUGGAAACGAUACGGGAGUAGCUGCCAACCUGUUGGGACAUGGUGCUAAGCCGAAACCACAGGCUCGAAAGUCUGAGACAUUAGUUAAUGCUAUGCCGCCAAAUGUGGGGGGAGAUAACGCUUACCCGACAGCGCCUACUGCGGCUAAAACUGAUAAACCUGUGGAAGCUGAUGGUGCUGAUCCGAAACCAAAGGAUGGAGAGUCUGUGCCAUUUGUUGGAGAUGCUGGGAACGUCAAUGCUAAGCUGCCAAAUGUGGGAGGAGCUAACCCUAACCCACCAACGCCUACUGCCGCAAAAACUGAUAAACCUGUCGGGGCUGGUGCUGUUGGAGCUCACCCAAGACAUGAUCCACCACCAGCUCGUAUGCCAGAUAUCUUGGGCCAUCCCGUACAUGAAGUGAUGAAUGAUGAGCAGAUUGCUCAAAACUUCAAUGAGAAGACGGCUAAAGGCCUGUUGGAAAUCUUCCCUAAAGCUGACAGGAACUUCAUCCUCCGUAAGCUAGAAGAAGGGAACAAUGAGGACGCAAUAGCCACCAUCCUUCUAGAGAUGCCACCUGAGGCCAGGGCUAAGGGGGUGAAACCUGCUGCUGCAGCUAGUGGGUCCAAGACUGAAAAACUUCCUGAUUAUUUAAACUCUGCUGACCUCUCUGUGCGCCCAGCCUAUGGAUACAGUGCAGCAUUUGAUGCACUCAAGAAUCAGUACCUAAGGGUACCAGUUCAAGAUUUGCACAAAAUUGUAAACUUCUAUGGCCAACACUAUAGUCACGCCAAGAAAUGUCUUGAUGAUAAUCUACAGGCUGCAGAUGUACUUGAAGAAGCCAAGAAGCAAAAGAAAUUCAGUAGUCCACAAGAAAAGACAUUAUCUCCAAUCAAGAUGCGCUUGAAAAAAGCUAACGGUCCUAGCGCCGAAUGGACGGUCCGUUUACUCAAAAACGGCCGCCAGAUGAGACCUAGUGCUGCUGUAGGCGUCCAUCCGGAGUUACAGAAAGAGAUCCAGUACAUGAAGAAUCAGGAGAAGAAGGAGAGUGAGGAAAAGGAUGAGAAGCUAGCAAAUGAAAUCAACGAGAAAGAGUACGAAGAAACUGAUCAGUUAAUUGAGUGCGGGUGCUGCUAUUGUGAAGUGGCCUUCGAGAGGAUGAUACAGUGUUAUGAGGGACAUCUCUUCUGCCGGGAUUGCCUGCAGAGAUAUGCUCAGGAGGCGGUGUUUGGUCAGGGCAAGAUGAGCCUAUCUUGCAUGACAGAUGGAUGUUCAGCAUCAUUCCCACGAAGUCAGCUGGAAAGCACUCUCUCUGAUAAGAUUCUUCAUCAGUACGAUGACAGAUGCCAAGAGGAAGCGAUCAAUUUGGCGGGUAUUGAUAACUUAGUUGGGUGUCCUUUCUGUGACUUCAAAGCUGUUUUAGAUGUUGAAGACAAGGUGUUUGUCUGCCCCAAUGAAAAGUGCGGAAAGUCCUCGUGUCGUCACUGUGGCCUGGAUUGGGAGGAGCACUUUGGGAAGCGGUGCGAUGAGUUAGAAAAGAAGGACGAGACAAAAUUACGCACGACCUUUGAAGAAAAGAUGACACAAGCCAAGAUUCGUACGUGCCAGGCAUGCAAGGCGAGCUUCAUGAAGAGCGAUGGAUGCAAUAAAAUGACGUGUCGAUGUUCAGCCACAAUGUGUUAUAUCUGCCGGAAGGCAAAUAUCGAUUAUAACCAUUUCUGUCGGCAUCCAAGAUCGCCAAAAAAGGAGUGUAAGACAUGUAGUGUUUGCUCACUGUGGAGUAACCCAGAGGAGGACGAUGAGAGAGCACUACAGGAGGUAAAGAAGGAGUCUAUUAAGGCAAGGAAGGAUCUAGGGUUUGAUGAUGAAAAGUUAAUUGGGGCGCCAGAUGAGCCUGCUGCAAAGAAGGUAAAAUAUGGCCCGACUGCUGUAGCUGCAGCUCAAGGUCAGGCGCCAGCACGGAAUCAAAACCAACCUCAACCUCCACGACCAGGUAAUCCAGGACCUUUAGGGGAAAGACUAGCUGACGCAUUUGCACAAGUUGAGGAAAGACUUGCGCAUGGUGCACAACCUUUUGGAAGGCGCAGGCGCAGGCAAAUGGCCAAGGCACAAGAAAGAUUUCAACAGGCGGUAGCCCGAGGACACCAGGAUAUGAGAGUGGAUCGAGCUCCAAGAAUACCAGUCGUUGGUAUGAGGCAGUGGCCUGGUCACAAUAAUCCACCUCCAUUGCCACCCCAACCUCCUCACGGAUGGCCAAUGAAUUAUCCACAACCACCACAGGGUUACGUAAAUGCUCAGCGUGUUCAAAAUAUGGACUACUUUCAAAACGAUGAUUUGCCGCAUUAUAAUUAUCAUGACUACUAACUCAAUUUGUCACAAGUUGAAAAUUUGAAUCUCUGUGUCAGCCCAUGUUUAUCAUGUUGAUUCAGGUUACAGACUACACAUUGUAAGUGUUUUCGCUUGGCUCUGGUUCAGCAGAACUCAAUGCAUUGGGGCACAGUUAAUACAAUGAUAGGAUUGAGGCCUGAUGAUGGCCUGAUGACCCUAUUACCAAACUAUAAAUUAUGGCCCAAUUCUAUGAUGGUUCUCUCAAGCAGCAAGUUACGAUACGUAGUCUGCCACAUGAGUCACCACACUGAUGUUAGUCUGUGGCCUUGAACGCUGUUUGUAGAAUAGUUCAGUUUUGCCAACAAAUCUGUUGUCAACGCAAGAUGGUGCUAGUCGAAAGUUUUCCGGUGUCAAAAAAGGAACUGACAUUGCUGUUCACUUCACUUGUUUGGGCAAGGGUGCAAGUUUCAAGUUAAUAUGGCCAGGCCUGCAGUGUACUGCCCUUAACUGUUCUGCUGUGAAUGAUAGUCAGUUAUAAGUAAUCUCGUUCAGAAGUUUUCAUCAGGACUGGUGCCGGAUUCACGUGUGGGCUUACAUGUAUUAUCACAUGUUCUGGGGACCCAACUUGUGAGCUUUUCGUGAGGAUUUAGUCAUAGAAAUCGGGCAAAUUUUUGUACUAUUGAUAAGCUGCGAUCUUAUGAGGCCAUGGUUUACAUAUUAUUGUCAUUUGAUAAAACAUUAUUUUCUACUGUUCAUAAGAAUUGCGAAGCUUUCGAUUUUUUAGACACUGAGCAGGUGUUUGGGGAAAUCAAGAAAACCAUGACCUUGUGAUCUUUUUGGCCAAGCACAUUAUUACAUGAACUAUUAUUUGGAGAGCAUACUACAUGUAGAAUGGUGGCCGCUGUUGCAACCAGCCUUGAUUUUGUCCAGCUUCUUGAAACAUGGACUACUUUUCAGACUUUAGUACAUUAUUACCAGUAUGUAUUGUGUAUACGACUGAAUAGCUUCUCAUGCCAGCUUGCACUGUAUUCUUAAAGUUGCACUAUACUAUCGGCAGGCGCUAGGGGUUUAGUUGGUGGUCUCCAGAUUGUUAAUACUCAUGUUUUAGGAGAGAAAUAAACACGGACAAAGAUGUGUUGUUAUGCGUGUAAUACACUGCCUGCUGUGGUGUCAUAUUUGAUUGUCUUCCAGUCGGUGUCUUCUUAAAUGGUGUACUAGAUCUGAACCCUGAAGGGAAGGCUGGAUUAGUAUGCGAGAGGGCCAAAUGUUAGCUAUGUUUGUAUCAUUUUUUUUAUGAACUUGACACAACAACUGAAAUAGGUUUAUUUUUAACAUGUUUUCAUUUCCAGUGGCGUGCUCAUCAAUAGACAUGAAAAUACCCAAAACAUGUGAAUAUCAGCUUGUAUUUACAAGAUAUUUGAUUGACAAGGUGAGGGAUUUUAGCAUUGGAACUUUGGCAGUGGCGUCCAAAAUUAUCUCUAGAAUGUAGUGGGAUAUUUUCUGAUGUGCCAAAUGGCUAUCUUGUCUGCAAAAUAUGCGAUCAUGUUGAAGAAUUAUAGUUCUAUCAGAAAUGUGUUAUGUUCUUUGGGGGCCUUCCAGAUAAAGUAUGUAGGCAGCUGAGGGGAGGGAGGGCUACUGUGCCCAGACCUGUAGAUGGCAACCAUAUUGAUGGUGAGAGGGAGGUACAUACUUUAUGGAUGGCCCCUCAUUUGCUUUAAUAGAGUAGUGUUCAUUGAAUUAGCUUCCAGUAUUUUGAAAUUCGGGAGAUUUAUAUUUGGAAAUCAGAGUAAGACGUUUUCA